AAAAAAACAACUUAGAAUUAUCAUUUUGUGUUAUUUCCUCGUGGGAUGAACACAAUUCGUGCCAUUAUAUUCUGAUUUUGUUGCCGUUUUAGAGAAGUAAACUUCAAGUGGAAGAGUAUAAGUGAGAAAUUUCUGUGUUUUUAAUUCGCUACAAAUGGUACAAAUCAUCGUAUAAGGUAUUGUGGUAAAACACACCUUGAAGUAAAUUGUGGAGGAAGGAAAUUUUUUGAGACAAAAAAAAGGCAUAUUAAAACUCAGAAGAAAAAAUUCAAAUUUAUUAUAUGGUCGUGGAAUCAACAAAAGAUAGAAAACAGUGGCAAAGUUUAAGACAGGGAUAACACUCCUAGGAAAAGCAAUGAGAAACUUGAUACUGCUGAUGUUACUUACUGUACUGCUGGAUAAAGGAAUUGGUAAAUGCAACGCUAAAAACGAAGAAGAUCGGGAUGGGAACGCGAGGAACAAUAGAAUUGAUAAAAACGAUGAGGAUAGCGAUUCUAUAGAAAAAUAUUUCAGAGAAGUGACUGACGAACUAUCAAAGAUACUAGCUAAAAGGAUAUACCGCGAUAUACAAUUAAGGGAGAAUAACAAGAAAGCUGAGAAUCGACAGUCUUGGAUUGGGGAUUUAGAAAACCUAGAUAUUGAUUCAACAGUACAGAGGCCGCCAGGUUUGUGGGGAAGAGAAGCCGAUUUUGAUAAUAAUAGAGCUCAUGACUCAGCGCAAAUAUCAGAUGAGAAACCGCCUGGAAUUUGGGCUGGAGAUGCUAAACCACCAGGUCUGUGGGGCCGUGAUGCGAAACCACCAGGCUUACGGGGCCGUGACGCCAAACCACCAGGCUUAUGGGGACGUGACGCCAAGCCACCUGGCUUAUGGACCGGUGAUGCUAAGCCACCAGGUUUAUGGGGCCGUGACGCCAAACCACCAGGUUUAUGGGGUCGUGAUGCCAAACCACCCGGUUUGUGGGGCCGUGAAGCAAAGCCACCAGGUUUAUGGGGUCGUGAUGUCAAACCACCAGGUUUAUGGGGCCGUGAUGCCAAGCCACCAGGUUUAUGGGGCCGUGAUGCUAAACCACCAGGUUUAUGGGGGCGUGAUGCUAAACCACCAGGUUUAUGGGGUCGUGACACUAAGCCACCAGGUUUAUGGGGUCGUGACGCUAAACCACCUAGUCUAUGGAGUAAAGAUGAUAAUGUUAUUAAAUCACAAAGCGAGGACGCAAAACCUCCAGGAUUAUGGGGUCGUCAGGUUGAAGAUGGGCCAACAAAGAUUUGGGGAGAUGGAUUCCUGGAUGCUGAACGUCAUAUUAGGUUGCUCAAAAACGACGAGCGCUUUAAUCGACUAGAAAAAAAGGUUGAUAUGGAAGAGGAGGUCCGUAUUGCUCAAGGGCCUUCCGUUACAAAAGAUACUUUUGGAGAAUUAGCUGAUUUACUGAGAAAACGAAUUGUAAAGAGACUGCAUAAAACUGAUAGCCUCAACAACAGGAGAAACAAUAACAAGAAUAAUAAGUUUUAAUUAGUUAUAUAUUUAUAUGUAAAAAAAAUGGUAAAUAAAAAAGUUUUAAUUUUA